AUGAACGUUCCAUGUGUCGUAGGCAUGAAUGAAGUGCCCUGGCAGGAGCCCAGAGGAAUGAUGCAUGCAAGCGGUGGGCAGGAAUCCCUUGGGGUUGGAGUAGGGAUUGCCCCACUUGGUGGAGCAGCAUCAGGGCCACAUAAUCUACAUGCCAUGCCCCCCGGUGCUUCCAGUGCCCAGAUGCCUCUGAGUGGCCGCUCUCAGGAUGAUGCCACAGUGGGAUAUUUCUUCCAAAGACAAGCGGGUGAACAGCUGAAUGGCUACUCCAAUAAACACCGCUGGCCUACAGGAGAUAGCAUAGAUGCAGCGGUAUGUAGCUCUCUAUGGUUUGAAGUUCUUUUUGUAAUUUCGUUGUUUCUUUUGGACAUGGCAAAUCUAUUGUUUUGUAUUUUCUUUUAUCUCAGUUCUUAUGAGCUAUGUACCCAGACACUGCAUUGUCUUCAUGUUCCUCUAGAGUGUCUUUGUUUUGCCCCACAGCAUAUUUUCCAUUCAUUAUUACAGAGAGGGGAACAAGUAACCUUUUCCCCUGCCUUUAUGUUGGCAAAGCAUCAUAGGAAUUUACGUUUUUCAAAGCUAGUGUACUAUCUUUUGGGAACCCCUACAUUAGACAAAAAAAAAAAAGGAAUCAUGGAUUUUGACAGUUGGUAAACCUAAUUGUUUAAUUUAGUGUGCAUUUGCAUUGGUUUUUUUUUCUUCGCCUCCUGCUUGUAAAAUUGUCUUUUCUUUUAGUCUCUUCCACCUCUACUGGUGAGCCUGUCCAUGCAUCACUAUAAAGAUAGUACACUGGUUAAAUAUCAGCAGUUUAAGGGUUACUAUAGGCAUCAAAACAACUUUAGCUUUAUGAAGCAGUUUUGGUGUAUAGGUCAUGUCCCUGCAGUCUCGCUGCACUAUUAUUUGUCAUUUAGUAAUUAAAUUACUUUGGUAAUACAGCCCUAGUCAGCCCUAGUCACACCUCCAUGCAUGUGACUUGCACAGCCUUCCUAAACACUUCCUGAAAUGGAACCUAGACUUUCUAGGUACCUUUAUUGUACAAUAUGUUUAAUUUAGAAUUUAUCUCCUCUCCUUUUAAUAGCCUGCAGGAGUCUCCUGUGUGUGAUUAAAUUUCAAUUUUCAGAACAGGAGAUAAAAACUUCAAAAGCAAGUUAACAUCUGAUUGAACAUGAAACCAUUUUGAAGGUUUGGUUAGGACAGCGUAAACAGAAACAAACAUGAUUUAACAGGACAUUCCACUGCCCAAAAACAAAAUAAAUAAAAAUCACCAUUUAGUACAUAUACCCUCAAUGUAAACCUGCAUGCAUUUAAUAAUGCGUUUUUCAUUGGAGUUAUAUCUAAAAUAAGCUUGCUAAACCUGCAGUUCUCUUAAGAAGUCUUUGUAAGUCAGGUGCUCUGAGCAAUUGCUCUCUCUUGAGGUCAGCUGCAUUGAGCUAACAAAACCAGGAAGUAACAUUACCUGGUGUCUGCUUGAAAGCCAAGGGGGUGUAACCAGAUUAAUUUAUAAAAGUGUAAAUUCCUAUUGAAAUCUGAACUUAUUGCAAAAUGAAAAAAAGAGGACAAACUAUUCACACUCAAAGCUUUUCAACAAGCUAAAGUUGUUUAGGGGUCUGAAGUGACCCUUUUACUCCUAAAUGGCAGAGAAUUGAGCAGUGAGACUGCACUGGCAUGAUCUAUACACCAAAACUACUUCUAUUUCUUUAAGGUUAACAGUGUGGAAAUGGAGUCAAUCAAAAUAUAAUAGAGGUGAAGCUUUGUCAAAUUUCCCCCCUUAUAUAAUGUAUUGAUUUUGUGUUUGGCAAUUCUAAUUACUGAAAUCAAAUAAGAAAAUCUAAAUUAACGAACAAUGUAAUGUGCUUCCUCCACUCGCCUAUCUUUCUUACUGUAACAUGUAUAAAUUAGAAAUUUACAGCCAUCACAAUUUUUUUUUUUACUUUGAGAAAAAUGACAUAAAGUACUAUUCAUUCUUUAAUAUCUUAGCUGCCGUUAAUCUUUCUGGUAUACUGGAUUUCAGGUUAUGUAAUGCCCUUUGACUUGGCAUAAAGCAGACUGCUUAUCAUCGCUGUUGUACACAUGUUGUUUCGUGAUGCUUCAUGUUCCCUCCCUUGUUUGCACUGCUGCUCUGUUAUCACAAGGACUGCUGUUAAAGGAACUCUCCAAGCUGAAAGUUUUAUGUGUGUAUAUGAUGUGUGAAUGUUAGAUUGCAGUUAAAUAAAAAAUGGGACACUGGCCCAAAAAAAAUCAUCAUCUCAUCCCUGGAUGUUCUCUCUCCGUUCCUUUUACUCACAUCUAUAGGCGGGUUAGCUGUAAAAACUGGAUUUAGAAUUGUGAAAAGUGUUUGUUUACCAUUGCAACUGAAAUGCUGAUUCUGAUAAAUCUUCCCCUGAACAAGUGCACAUAUCUACUAAACAGUUUGUUUCUAGACUGAUGUGCAUAUACAGCACUGAGUUAUGAAAGAAUUGACAUUUUGACUUUCUCCUCAUUUCCCAUAAACAGAGCUGGAGGAGAAGUUCCCAUGAAAAUGAGUGGGCACUUUUUUCCACAGUUAUAGUCAUCACUGUUAUAAAAAAAUAUCAAUAGAUAAACUUUUUUUGAGUCUUGUUAAUGGAGCAUGCAAAACAAUAUAACCCCUCCUCCGCUGCAGUGGUUAUGGUGCUAGAAGUGCCGUGGCACUGUCCCACUGUAUUUCGUCAAUCUGUUGUACAACUUUCCUGGGUGCCAAAGGUAAUGCAUAUAUGAUCCGGGCUUAAAUUUUUCACGAGCCAAAUGAAAAUGUAGCUCUGGCGAGCCAUGUUAUGGCUUGCAUUGACGAGUAAUUUUGAAGGCCUAAGAAACAGCAAAAUAACUUUUUUUUUUUUUUUUUUCUUCUUCUAAGGCACACUUUGAGGUGGAGUUGAACUUUGUUUAUUAUGGUGAUUGGAAUGUCCCUUUAAACAUUAUUUAUCAGUUACUUGGAGUUUCCCUUUGGGAUAGGGUUUAUUUGUUACUUUUUAGAAUGUGAAAGUACUUUCCAUGGGGUACAUUCAGGAUAACUAGAUAUUACAUUUGCUAUAUUUAUGAAUGACAAAUCAUAGAAGAAUUUGGCAGAAAGUUAUAGGUAUUCAAAAUCUAGAAUCAUUCUGGUAAGAAGCACUACAGGUAUUUGUGAGUUACAUUUUUAUCUUUAUAUCUAGCCUCUUUUAGCACCUAAAGGUGGCUUCAAUGUUUUUAUUCAUUUGUGUAAUUUCCAGAGAAGUAACAGUUCCUCUUUAAGGGGCCUUACUGCUGUAAGAGAACAAAGAGGGAUCCUAAGCUCUGCCACACCUAUCUUUCUUAGAAGAGACUGAGAAUUUUCUGUGUCUGCCCUCCUAAACAAAAAAAGACAGAAUUCCUACAUGGUCCAUUUGUGUGUGUUCUUGACAGACGUGGUUAAUGUGUUUUGUUAACAGUUUUUACCGGUCCAGCAAUUCCCUUUGUUUUACUUGUACAAUCUAUAAGCAGCAAGUAGUUUGAUCCCUUUAUGAGGAAGCAAUAAUCUUUGCUUUCUGAUAACACUAGCCCACGUCAAGAAUAAAAUUAAAAAUGGGAAGCAGCUGUGCAUUACGUGUCGACACGCCGUUCAUAGACCUGCGUGCUCUGUGCAAGCUGUAACUAGCACCAAAAUAAAAAGAUGAUGCUCCACAUUGAUUGUGCCUUUUGACUUUUAUGUUUAAUUACUGAAGACUUUUGUGUGAGAAAAACAAUCGUCGGUAGUGCUAAUCAAUCAUUAAGUACAUGUCUUCACAUGUAGGCUGCAAUAUUGUUUGACAUUGGUUCUCUGCACUAUUAGGAAUGACCUCUUUUUUUUUUUUUUAAGAUUUUUCUGGUUUCAUCCCAAUUUUGUAAAAGUAGAUUUGGAAAUUAUAAGAAUAAAUGUUCUACAUGCAACUAUGUAGAAGUGAGCAAGAUUUUAAAUUUGCUUUUACCAUAUAUACUAGUCUAUAAGUAGAGUGCAGUUUUUUGACCAACAAUUGUGAAAUAUGCUACGACUCGUGGAUAAGUCAAAGGUACUGCAUUCAAAUGGAAUUGUUCCCCUUCUGUUCGGUUACCGUACUGCAUUUGAAUGGAGUUGUUCUCCUUCCAAACAGACUCUGUGUGGUCCUCCUUGUUAACGCCUCGUUAUCACUGACCACCCCUGGCUGUUAACCACAAACAAACAUUUCCUGGGUGGCCAUCAUUCGUAUAUACGAACGCAUGUGUUCAAACAAUCUUGUCUCCCGAACGCAGACAGCGGUACAUGGUUGUCGACAGUAUGGAUCUCUGAGUUGGAUUCGCAAGCCCGCAAACCCCGCUGAAACUUGUACCACUGCCCGUUCGACUUCCCGAACAGCUAGGAGAACGGUGUUCAGGAGUCGAAAUUCUAUCGAAACUAUCAGUGACCCGUGGCUAUGUCAACUCUGCGUUUUAAAACGAAGUUUAUGACUAAAAUUUCUCGACUUAUACAUGAGUAUAUGCGGUAGGUUUUGGUACCGUUAAUAACAAAAAAAAGUGAUCUAACUAAACUGUCCUAACACGCUCAAGUUUCAGACUUAAGUGGAACUUUCUCAAAUCUUAAAGUGGCUAAACUGUGUGUAGUAUAUAAAGCAUAAAACAGGAUGCAGUCAUUUGAAGAGUAACAGGAAAUGUAAAAAUAUGUUGAUUUACAACAGCUAAAGAAAUGGUACAGCAUGUGAAUCAUGCGAAAGAUGAAAGUUUUAUUUAAUUAUAGAUAAUGUGUUAAAACAUACAAACAAACCUACAACCACAUAAUUUACAUGUAGAUUUUGUUAUUUUUUUAAUAGGAAUGGUCAGAUGUCCAAUGACCUAAAAAAUGUGUUUAAAGCAAGCAUGUCAAACUCGAAGUCUGGCACAGGCCGCAUAAAAAAAAAAUACCUUACAUUUUCAUAGAAACGUAGGGUUAUUUUAAAAAGUACAGUAUAAAAUAACCCCCAGCACCCCCUCUACCACCCUGUGCCAAAUCUGAUCCUCCCGCUGACACAGACAUAUUCACUGACAGACAGAAACACACAUACAGACACACUGACACACACAUACUCACUGACAGACACACACACACACACAUACUCACUGACAGACACCCACAUACUUGCUGACAUACACAUACACACUCACAGACAGACAGACACACACAUACACAUACAUACAUACAUACAUACAGACACACAGACAGACACACACACAUACUCACUGAUAGACAGACACACUCACAGACAGACUUCCACCGUCCCUUCCUCCCCAGCCGGGUAAGUGUUAGUUAGCAGAGUAGGCACCUGCAAUGUGGGGUAAGCACUAUUCUCUGCACUAUUAGGAAUUACUCUAAUGACUAUUAGGAAUGACUCUGCUUGGAACAUUAGGCAUGUACUCGCGGCUCGCCAGGCCGCAAAGAUGGUCCUUGUGGGCCGUGAGUUUGACAUGCUUGGUUUAGGAAUACUAUAGCGUUAAGAACACAAACAAGUAUUGAUAAUUCAAUCGUUUUAAUCUACCCUCUUUGUGAGGGUUUGCAAGGCGUGUGGUUAUCACAAUGCCGCUCCACCUCCACCAGUGGGGAAACAUUGGAAGGCAAGUGCUCAUGCCUGCAGACCAUCUGAUUGAAUAGUCGAGUUUAACUCAGUUAUUGGGGCAGAAGCAGGGCCGGACUGGGGAUACAAAGCAGCCCUGGAAAAUAAAUCUAUGUCAGCCCCAUAAGUCAUUGCACCAUAUAUUGCCAUAUGUAAUAUGUAAGGCAAUGUCUUGCCACCCCAGAUGGUUGAGUGAUAUAUAUAUAUACUUAUUGCUUUUUCUAAUAUAUAAUAUUGGUCCUUUCAGAGUAAAAUGUUUAAUUAUACAUUAAGCAUACUCACAUGCAGUGUUUACAUUGCUUCCUAGUGACACCUCUAGUGACAGUCACUAGAGGUGCUUCUUGUGUCAGUGCUGCACAGUGCGAUUGCACAGUGUGCAGCACCUACAUUCAGGGCCUUUGCAGCCAAUCCUAUGGCAGAGCAUUGGAUUGGCUCAGAUCAUCAAGCUUGAUGAUCUCACCCAAAGAGGCAGGGCCAGUCGAGGGGAGACAAGCACGGCGUGGGGAGAAAUAAAAAAGGUGAGUAAAAACACUUUUUAAAUACACACAGACACACACAUACACCAUGACACAGACACACACUGACAGAAUUACACAUAUUACCUGUGGGUGACCGGCUGUGUGGGCUAGUGGCCGCUGGGGGAGGUCUGCUGGCGGAGGUCUGCUAGCGGCCGCUGGGGGAGCUGUCUCUGUCUCUGCUCCCCCUCCCUCGCGCACAGCUUAAUGAGACCGGGGCCGAAAUAUGAUGUCAUAUUCCAGCCCCAGUCUCAUUAAGCUGCGCGCUGGGGAGCAGAGACCGAGACAGCUCCCCUAGCGGCCGCCAGCAGACCUCCCCCAGCCAGCGGCCGCCAGCAGACCCAGGUGUCUGCCUGGCGCCAGGUGCCGACAGCCCACCAGGAAAUUUCCCGGUAUCAAAGAGCGAUCACAUGGCCCCUAUAGCUGGCUGUGGAUCUGCCUGCAGGGGGACUGUUUGAGCUGUCACAGUCCCCCUGCUGGUGGAAAGUGUAAAAAAAAAUAUUAAUUAAACAUGUUAAAAUAAAAUGUAUGUGUGUGUGUGUGUGUGUGUGUGUGUGUGUGUGUGUGUGUGUGUGUAUGUGUGUAUAUAUAUAUAUAUAUAUAUAUAUGUGUGUAACGUCAUAUGUAUUUUAAUGUUAAUAUAAGCACAUAUUAGUAUUAAAAUACACUUAGACUGACGGUCCAUAUGUAAUUUCAUGUAUUUUGUUAAUCUAUAUAUUAACAAAAUACAUAUCUGUCUAUAUAUAAAAUACAAAUAACCGCAAAUAUAUUUAUAUAGAUAAAUAUAUAUAAAUGAUUACAUAAUUAUACACGUAGAAUCUAAAUACAUAUAUAUGUAUAUAUAUUCUACGUGUAUAUGUAGAUAAUCUUUUAGUGCAAUUAUGUGAUUUUAUUAAUUAAAAUUAGAUUGACAUGCCUGACAACCCAGGCAGAAAGUGCAGAGAAUUUAAUUUAAUUCGCAAGCACUAUAUUUAACCCUGUAACUUUCCAAGACACCAUAAAACCUGUACACAGGGGGUACAGUUUUACUCGGGAGACUUCACUGAACACAAAUAUUAGUGUUUCAAAAUGAUAAAUUGUAUUACAACGAUGAUAUUUUCAGUAAAAGUGAAGUUUUUUGCAUUUUUCAUACACGAACAUCACUUUUACUGACGAUAUUAUUGUUGUAAUAUGUUUUAGUGUUUUGAAACACUUAUGUUUGUGUUCAGUGAAGUCUCCCAAGUAUACCAGUACCCCCUAUGUACAGGUUUUAUGGUGUUUUGGAAAGUUAGAGAGUCAAAUAUAUGUCUUGCAUUUCAUUUUUUUCACAUUGAAAUUGGCCAGUUUGAUGUUGCUUUUGAAACUGUAUGGUAGCCCAGGAAUGAGAAUUACCCCCAUGAUUGCAUACCAUUUGCAAAAGUAGACAACCCAAGGUAUUUCAAAUGAAGUAUGUCCAGUCAUUUUUAAUAGCAACUUAAUCACAAACAGUGGCCAAAUAUUAGUUUUAUAUUAGUUUUUUGCUUUUUUCACACAAAAAGAAAUAUGAAUGCUUACUUUGGCCAGUGUUUGUGACUGUGGCUACUGAAAAAAGACUGGACAUAUACCCCACUUGCAAUACCUUGUGAUGUGUAUUUUUGCAAAUGGUAUGCCAUCAUGGGGGUAAUUCUCAUUCCUGGGCUACCACAUGGUCUCAAAGGUAACAUUACUAAUAUGGCAAAUUUUAAUGUGGAAGAAAAUUAAAAAUGGAUUGUGCUAUAUUUGACCCUGUGACUUUCCAAAACACUGUAAAAUCUGUUAAUGGGGGUACUGUUUUACUCGUGAGACUUUGCUCAAUACAAAUAUGUGCAUUUUAUUGCAGUAAAAGCAAACCGUAUCAUGACAUUUACAGCUAAAAUGUCAGGCAGAACUACAAUUUUAUUUUAUUUUUUUUUAUUUUUUUUAAUCUUAAUUUCUCAUUUUUUUAAAAUUUAUUCAUAAUAGUUAUGUUUCAUAUAUGAAUAGUUCAUGAGAAGUUAAAGGCCUGUUUCUUCUGAAUAAAAUGAUAUAUAAUAAGUGUGGCCGCACUUAAUAUGAAAGAGGUGAAUUAUGGUUGAACAGACAUAUAGUGCAAAUUCCAGUUUUUGUUUACGUUUUGUUUUGAUCAGAACGUAUACUAUUGACUCUGUUCUGAAGGGGUUAAAAAGACAGGGGAAUGGAACUCAGAUCACUUCAUCUCAGUGAAGCGGUGUGGGUGCCUAAAGAGUCCAUUUAGAGGACCACUCUAGGCACCCAGACCACUUCAGCUUAAUGAAGUGAUCUGGGUGCCAGGUCCCUCUAGGAUCAACACUUUUUUUUUUUUUUUAUAAACAUAGUCUCAUUGACAGCCGCUAGAGGCGUUUGCAUGCUUCUCACCCUUGAAAAUCACAGUGAGAAGACGCAAGCGUCCAUAGGCAAGCAUUAUGAAUGCUUUCCUAUGAGACAGGCUGAAUGCGCGCGCAGCUCCUGCCGUGUAUGCGCAUUCAGCCGAAGAGGAGGAGAGCUCCCCGCCCGGCACUGGAAAAAAAGGUAGGAUUUAACCCUUUCCUCGCCAUCGAGCCCGGCGGGAGUGGGACCCUGAGGGUGGGGGCACCCUCGGGGCACUAUAGUGCCAGGAAAACGAGUAUGUUUUCCUGGCACUAUAGUGGUCCUUUAACUUUCAUCAACAGCAGUUUGAAGCCAUGUUCUGUCUAAGGCAGCACAGGUCCAUUGUGUUUGCUAGUAAACACAAUUGAUUUGUUCCCAUUCCCACGUGUUUUAGUAUCUCUACUCUUUCAGGAUUUUACAAAAAUAAUACAUGAAAUCUCAUGUGUUUAGCUAGGACAGUGAUUGCAGAGAGGUAGGAUCCCUGGAUAUUGGGCAGUUGGCCAAUUAUUCAACAUAUCACGAAAGAAACAAAUAUGAAAUUUUAAUUAUGUAUAAUACAAACAUGAAACUAUGCAUCUGUUUAUCUGGGUCAGUUGUUUGUUGUUGUUUUUUGGUCCAGUUGCAUAGAUGAGUUUGUUUGCAAAUUAAUUUUCAUUCAUUCCAGGUGAUAUUUAAAGGGUUGCUCAAACCUCCAUCACCAUUUCUGCUUGAACGCUGCCUGUACAGAGCGUCUGCACGUUUGUGCCAUGGUCUAGUUGAAUUCUGGCACACAUGACUAAGGCAACCCAGAACAGCCUAAUGUUAAUUCUGUGCAAAGUCAAUAUUUUACAGGUUUUUCAAUAAAAAUAAUGCGUUGGGGGCUGCGAGUUCCUAGUGACUAGUGCACUAUAUGCCAUUAUAAAUAUGACAUAAAAUAAGAUGUAAUGGAAAAAAAGGUUUAUGUGAAAGUUAUUGAGGUACACAAUUGUUUAGGGUUUGACUGGGUUUUUUAAGGAUGGGCGAGAGCUUUUUUUCCCCUCCUUGAGUAGAAAAAUGAAGUUUCUAAAACCUAAUCUCUUGAUUUUUUUCUUAAUUCCAGGUGAGGCCCGCAGAUGAGAUGAAUAAUGAUUUCCAGGCACUCGCAUUAGAACAUCGUGGAAUGGGGGAGGUCAGUCAUUUACUGCUCUUGAUUCAAUCUCAACUCCAUCAAGAUACUUUUUUGUUUUGGGGCUAAUCUUACACGUCUAUUCAUAUUGUUAGCUCAAGGCAUACUCAAAAGAACUUUGUAUAUUUUGUGUUUCCGCUGUUUGCUGUAGACAUUGGUCAGAAUAUCACAGUAGAAAAGCUUUUGUUUUUUAUCAAUUGAAAAGGUCACAGACAAGUUUUAUUCACCACUGUCAAAAGCGAUCAUUAGUUUAACAGAUUCUUUCUAUAGUUUUUAGUAGGGAUCGACCGAUAUUGAUUUUUUAGAGCCGAUACCGAUACCGAUAUUCUGUGAACUUUCAGGCCGAUAGCCGAUAUAAUUUGCCGAUAUUCUGUACAUUUACCAUUUUGGAAAAUAAAAACUAUUUCUAAAGGUAAAUGCACAAAAUAUACAUGCAACGUGCAGUGGAUGCAGUGUGACAGGGGAGCUGUGUGUGUUUGUGUAGUGUGUGUGUAGUGGAUGCAGUGUGUGUUUGUGUAGUGUGUGUGUUGUGGAUGCAGUGUGUAGUGUGUGUGGAGGAUGCAAUGUGUGUUUGUGUAGUGGAUGCAGUGUGUAUUUGUCUAGUGUGUGUAGUGGAUGCAGUGUGUAUUAGUGUAGUGUGUGUAUAUAAUGAAAGCAGAGUGUUUGUGUAGUGUGUGGGUAGUGUGCGUAAAGUGAAUGCUGUAUAUACUAAAUGCAAAGUGUGUGUGUAUAUAAUGAAUGCAGAAUGUGUGUGUAUUUGUGUAGUGUGUGUAUAGUGAAUGUAGUGUGUUUAUAUAAUGCAGAGUGUGUGUAUAUAAUGCAGUGUGUUUGUGUAGUGUGCAUUAUAUAAACACACUACACAAACACUGCAUUAUAUAAACACUACACAAACACACACACUGCAUUAUAUACACACUACACAAACACACACUGCACAAACACACUACACAAACACACACUGCAUUAUAUAAACACACUACACAAACACACACUGCAUUAUAUAAACACACUACACAAACACACACUGCAUUAUACACACACUAUAAAAACACACACACUGCAUUAGAUACACACACACUGAAUUAUAUACACACACUACACAAACACACACUGCAUUAUAUAAACACACUACACAAACACACACUGCAUUAUACACACACACUAUACAAACACACACUCUGCAUUAUAUACACACACACUAUACAAACACACUGAAUUAUAUACACACACUAUACAAACACACACUGCAUUAUAUAAACACACUACACAAACACACACUGCAUUAUACACACACACUAUACAAACACACACACUGCAUUAUAUACACACACACUAUACAAACACACUGAAUUAUAUACACACUAUACAAACACACACUGCAUUAUAUACACACACUACACAAACACAGACUGCAUUAUACACACACUGCAUUAUAUACACACACACACUAUACAAACACACUGAAUUAUAUACACACACACUAUACAAACACACACUGCAUUAUAUAAACACACUACACAAACACACACUGCAUUAUACACACACACUAUACAAACACACACUGCAUUAUACACACACACUGCAUUAUACACACACACUAUACAAACACACACACUGCAUUAUAUACACACUGAAUUAUAUACACACACUAUACAAACACACACUGCACUAUAUAAACACACUACACAAACACUGCAUUAUAUACACAGUGUGUUUGUAUAGUGUGUGUAUAUAAUGCAGUGUAUUUGUGUACAUUGUAUACAAACACACACACUAUACAAACACACACUGCAUUAUAUACACACUGUGUUUGUGUAGUGUAUGUGUAUAUAAUGCAGUGUGUGAGGGGGCAUUUUUUAUUAAAUUAUUUAAAAAAAAAUAAAAAUGUAUAAUUCUUAUUUAUUUUUGUUGUCCCCCCUCCCUGCUUGUUACCUGGCCAGGGAGGGGGGAUAUGACCGUCCCUGGUGGUAUUGGCUGAGCUGGGGGGGCGGAGAGCAAGCGCUUACUCACCUCCCAGCAGCUCCUCCAGCUCCCCAAUGCAACUCUCGCGGCCAGCGUGUCGCGCGGAGCGUUGCCAUGGUGAUCCAUGGCAACGCUCGGAAGGCCGCGGGUAUCGCGAGAGUUGCACUGGGGAGCUGGAGGAGCUGCUGGGAGGUGAGUAAGCGCUUGCUCUCCGCCCCCCCAGGACCGCCGGGUUUGUAAUGAGCCCGGCGGUCCUAGGAGGUAUUAUCGGCAAUAUCGGUAUCUGAAUUGGCCGAUACCGAUAUUGCCGAGAAUACCGAAUAUCGGCCGAUUAUAUCGGUAAAACCGAUAAUCGGUCGAACCCUAGUUUUUAGUUGUUUUGUUUGUUUUAAUUUUGUGGCCAGUAUUCGGUUCCCUGUUCUAUGUAAACUACUGCACAAUGACAUGUUUUGCUCACACUUUCUACUUUUAAGAUCUUGGCAGCUUAUACGUGUUAAAUAUUGUUUGUUACCACUGUCAUAGGUUUGAGUUUAGGGUUUUCAGCAAGGCUCUGAACUCCAUUUGUUUUAUUUAUUUAUUUUUGUUAUUAAAACUUAAAAGUACAUGUUUAGAAUAUAUUCAGUAGAUGAUACGAACAUAAUUAGUGUUCUUUGAAUUAUUGGAAUGAACCAAGAAUUGGAUCACAUCCAGGAUUGCCCCAAACAUGGCAGGUAGAUUAAUAGAGUAUAUUAGCGAUGGGGUUAAUUUCCAUGGAGGGAGGGGUCAUUGGAUCCCUGAAAUGGUAUACUACAAACACCAUAACAAACAUAACUUAUUAAACAGUUUUAUUGCUAGGAUGCUAUCCGUGCAAACAUACCUUUCAAAUAUUUUAUUACUUUUUUUUUACUUGAUUACUUGGAGAGAAAAAAAAACCUUACGUUGACUCUUUAGCUUGAUCUAUCUAGUCCAAAAUCAGAUCUACCUUUGAGUUUACGGACUGGUACCUUACCAGAGUGAUAGCAGACCAACCCAUUAUAGUGUAAACAAAUCAACUCCUUAAAGGACCACUAAGGUGCCAGGAAAACAUACUCGUUUUCCUGGCUCUGUAGGGUCCUUGGGUUCCCCUCACCCGCCGGCUCUAGGGUGAGGAAGGGGUUAGUCCCUUACCUUUUUUCAAGCGCCGGACUCCCUCGGCGCUGGGGACUCUCCUCCUCCUUUCCCCGUCAUCGGCUGAAUGUGCAUGCGCGGCAAGAGCCACGCGCGCAUUCAGCCAGUCUCAUAGGAAAGCAUUCUCACUGCUUUCCUAUGGACUCUGGCGUCUUCUCUCUGUGAAAAUCACAGUGAGAUGCGCGGAAGCGCCUCUAGCGGCUGUGAAUGAGACAGCCACUAGAGGCUGGAUUAACCCAUAUGUAAACACAGCAGUUUCUCUGAAACUGCUAUGUUUACAACAGAAAGGGUUAAUCCUAGAUGGACCUGGCACCCAGACCACUUCAUUAAGCUGAAGUGGUCUGGGUGCCUAUAGCGGUCCUUUAAAAAUUGGCUGGUUGCCUCCCCUUUGUGCUGCUACAGUUUCAUAUAUGUUGGAUGACUACGUUGUCGUCUCGUGAACUAAUUUUCAUAUGCCCACCCAGAAUCCCCUGCAGUAGUGUAACAUCACUGCUAAGCAGAGAUUUGUGUGGGAAAAGCAAGUCUUAUGGCUUGAUCGGUGUGCAGAUGUGUGUUAAACAGUGCAUUUACUAAUAUAUAUAUAUGUGUGUGUGUAUGUGUAUACAGUGCAUUUACUAAUAUAUGUGUGUGUAUAUAUAUAUAUAUAUAUAUAUAUAUAUAUAUUAAUAUAUAAUAUAUAUAUAAUAUAUAAUAUAUAUUUUUUUUGACAAUUCUGAUCGACUUACAUUAAUAAGAGUCUGAAACUAACAAACUCAAACUCUCUGGUCGCUUAAUUCAACCCCAUUUACUGACAUUAUAUGGAAAAACAUGGCUUUGCCAGUGGUCUGAGCUGCACAGGGAGCUUAUUUAUCCCUUCCAUGGUUGGCGGUUAGAGCGUUUCUUACACAUGGACUUCGUGAAGGCUUUACAUGAAAUUAACAAAGGAUCUGAAAUCACCCAAGAGGGAACAUUGAACAACCCUGAGUUAAAGUACUAGAAAUGGUUGACUUGACUGUGCCCAGCCAUGUUCCAUGUACCCAGCUAUUACCAGAACGCUUGACAUGAGCAGGGACAUUUUACCAUAGAACUGUGGAUGGAUGCACUCUGGACACUUUUUUUUUUUUUUUUUUUUAACCUCCAACCACUUUUUUGUUUGAUUUUUCUUUUUACGGUUCUACUUGUGAAACCACCUAUUGUAAAAUAAGUGUAGCAAAGUGAACUUUACGUAGAAUAUCUUGCCCUCCUUUUCCAGUUUUGUUUCUAUAUUUGAUAGUUUUCUUAAAUUAGGCUUUUUAAGACAAUAUUUAGCCCAUAUUUUAUGUCUCUUCUGUGUAAGUAAAAUUGCUUUGUUGUUCUUCUCAAACAGCUUUUACCAGCCAAAAAAUUUUGGGAACCAGACGAUUCUGCAAAAGAUGGACAGAAAGGGAUGUUCCUUGCUGACGAAUGGAGAGAAAACACAUGGGGAGCAUCACGUAAGUAACGUAACGAUAUAUGUAUUAUAUUACAUUUAUGUUAUGUAAGUAGAUCCAGUACUUAUACAAUUGGAUCUACUGAAUAAUUAAAGUUUCUAUGGAAUCAGGAAAUCCUAUGUUCUGCGCUUCCUGGGUGUACGUGUCCGAUUGUGUACAUGUGCAGGCUUCCAAUGAAUCUGUGUUGACUCUUAUGAACUUGUGAGAGUCAACACAGAGGAUCCAUGAUGCUCUACUCCCGGGAAGACUUGUGGUGCUUGACGGAGGUAAAUAUUGAACAAGAUAUCUAAUGACAAAGAAUGUGGAGCUUAAGUAAAGCUCUAACUUUGCUCUCCUCCAGGUUGUACAUAAUUAAAUUAAUAUCUAUUUAUGUAUAACUUUGCAAAUAAGGUCAUUUAAAAAAAACAGCGCAACCUGGUGGGGGAAUAUGGGGCAUACCAAUAUAUAUUUUUUAAUUUAUUUUUUUAAAGUGACAAAGCUGCUCUAAUAAACAAGAUAAGCUAGAUAAAUAGUAAAGUAGUACUAGAGUACUUCAUAGAUUAGAAGUAGAAUAUACAAUAGAUUAGAACUAGAAGAGCAGGUUAAAACCCGAAGAAUAGCUCACAGAAAAGACCUACAAGAAUGAAAUCUAAUGUAUGUAAUACACUUGGUAACUAAGAUAAUAUCUUUCAUUCUAUCCCGAACAUGGUCUGUGCCCUCAUACAGGAAAUACACACAGACAAACGAAAGUCACAUUUAAGUAUAAUCUAUAUGCUUGCUUUGUAUUUAACUAGCACAAUGUACAGAUUACAAGUCUAGAUUAACGCCAACACUAUCUUGUUUUUAGACGUUGGAGUCCCUUUGAAGUUAUACUAACUUUUUCAAUAGCACCCCCAGACUAGCACAAUUGUCACAGGUCUUUUACGAUUCAUGCAGGCUUAAAGGACCACUAUAGUGCCGGUAAAACAUACUCGUUUUCCUGGCACUAUAGUGCCCUGAGGGUGCCCCCACCCUCAGGGUCCCCUUCCCGCCCGGCUCUGGAAGGGGGAAAGGGGUUAAAACUUACCUUUUUCCAGCGCUGGGCGGGGAGCUCUCCUCCUCCGAUUCUCCUCCGUUCGCCCCGCCCGCUUGAAUGCUUACUUGGCCCGGAAAGGCUUCUUGUAGCGCAUUCAUACUCAUAAAGCAUUUACAAUGCACCUCGGGCACUAGCGUGCUCUCACUGUGAAAAUCACAGUGAGAAGCAGCAAGCGCCUCUAGUGGCUGUCAAUGAGACAGCCACUAGAGGAUUAGGAAGGCUUAACCCAUUCAUAAACAUAGCAGUUUCUCUGAAACUGCUAUGUUUAUAAAAAAAAAAUGGGUUAACCCUAGAAGGACCUGGCACCCAGACCACUUCAUUAAGCUGAAGUAGUCUGGGUGCCUAGAGUUGUCCUUUAAAAGUAAGUAUGUGUCUUGAGCCAGUCUGCCUUUACAAGCAUUUAAAAAUACAGCCUCAAAAUAUGAUGACUAAACCCAUCUUGGAGAAGGGUAACGGGGAGUAAACGUCCACCUCUAACACCAAACAACCAAUAAGCAACUACACCCCUAGGACAGCUGGCUGACCACUCUCCCACGAAGCCAAAUCAAUAAAGUUAAUGCCGAACGCGAUCACCAAACGUAAAACAUAGCCAGAAGAAUCACACCUUGUAAAACACCUUACUUGUACCCAAUACUGUACACAUCUUGUUAACAGUAUUUGUUAUUGUCAACUUACUUAUAUAUGUUAUGUUAUAACAACAAAAUUUAAAAAGCUGAAGAAUCUUUAAGCUAGCACACUAGGCUUCUGCAAAAGCCAACCAACGCAAUGUUAAUAUAUUGUAUAUUACCUGUCAGAAGAAAAAUAAACAAUUAAAAAAAAAAAUACAGCCUCAAAUAUGAUCACAGGAAAACUUAAUUUCCUUGUACUGUUCUUGGUUGAAUCGUAAAUGUGAUAUUAUUUUUCACCUAUACCACAACCUUGUUAUCAUUUUGUUAGAAAAUAUCUCUGGGUGCCUUAAUGCAUUUUGCUAUUGAAGAAUUAAAGCAAACUCCAGACCUCUAAAGCAAUUUAGCUUGCUGAAAAGAUUUAUCGGUGAAGAGUGAGUCCUAUUUUUAAUAGAAAUUAACACUUUUAUAAAUUAUACUGGUUACACCCCUCUGGCUUCUCCAGCAGACAACAUGUUCUGUUACUUCCUGCUUUCGUUAGCUUUGUUGCACUGAACACAAGAGACAGCAAUUGCAAAAAAAAAAGACUUCUCUUUGAACUGCAUUGGGAAGUCUUUGAUUGGACAGCCACAGAAAGUCUGGGCGGGGUUAGUAGGGGGAGGGCUUGCAAAGGCAGCCGACAAGAGAUCUGCAGUUUUUGAAAGCCGUUUUUAGAUAUAACUCAAAUAAAAAAAUGCAUAAUUAAAUGCAUGCAAGUUUUCAUUUGUGGUAUGUCUACUAAACAGUGUUUUCAAAAAAAAUAGGAGUGUCCUCCAUCCUCAAAAUUUUACUGUACUAGUUGAAACUUUUAUCUUGCCACGACAAGCCUGAAGUGUCCGAAAUACAGUCACUAGGGGGUGAAUUUCUACUCACCAGGGCUAAAUUUUCACUGGCCAAUUGCUAGUGACAAGUUUGACAUUUUAAAUCCUGCCAUAUGAGUUGCUUGUGAAUUGUGUAAAUUGUUUGACAGAGCUUGUUCUGUGUGUUGAUUUUGUUGAAUGUAGAAUGUUUGGUAGGUGGCGAGCAAUGGGUGUUCCAUGGUUGAUGUUUUGAGUGUACCAUGUCAUAUUGUUACGGUUCAGUUGAUUUAUUGGUACUAGGCAAUACUUAAUGCCCAAGUGAAGACUGGAUCCAAUAUUUUUCUUGUGGUAAAUAAUUUCAGACCAUCUUUCUCAAGCUUUAGCCUCAACUUCACAAUUAAAAUGGUUUGAGCCCGACACCUCAGACAAUUUUGUUUUGCAUUUAAAUUUUCUAUAGCGCAUAUUCUGCAGUGGUUUACAAUUAUAGAAAGUGGUUAAUAUAGUGCACUUAGUACGUGCUCAAAUGCAAUUAAUAUCUAUGAGAAUUUGAGGUAGGUGUCUUGCUCAAGUACUCUUACUGGUGAGGUGACUGUGACACUUACAGGAUGACUGUCCUGUCAGAUCCACUGAGUAUGUGAUUUGUCUUGCAGACCAUUCCAUGUCCCAGCCUAUUAUGGUACAGAGAAGACCUGGGCAAAGCUUUCAUGGAAACCACGAUGUAAACUCUGUCCUGUCCCCUCGCUCAGAAAGUGGAGGCCUUGGAGUGAGCAUGGUAGAAUAUGUUUUGAGUUCCUCACCAGCUGACAAACUUGACCCACGAUUCAGAAAAGGAGCUUAUGUAAGUGACUUAAACAAUCGGAAUCCUAAAUGGUGGUCCUGUUGUAGUUGUCGUGGAGAUCUAUAUAAUAUGUGA